AUGCAGCAACUUAAGACGACAGCCGAUGAGAUUCGCUCCAUACGGGUCGACUGGCUGGCGCCGAUAAUGGAUGAGAUAUAUCUCUUCAACUGCUUCUGUGACAACGCAAAGGUUGUGGCUGCAACGGUUUUGCGUAAUCGGCGAACAGGACUGCAGCUAGAUUAUGGUUUUGUGGAGUUUGCUUCUCACGGCGAUGCUAAGUUUGUCUUGGAUUCGUACCAUGGUGAGCGGAUGCCCAACUUCUAUUAUGCGAGAUUCUGUCUGAGCUGGGACACUGAUGGCUGCGGUACAUUGUGGCGCUUGGAUUCUACUUACCGAGGUUGCUCUUUCUUUGGCUAUGAUGUCGAUGGUGAAAUAAUGGAUGCCAAUACAGUGAUUCAGCUCUACGAUAAGGGCUCCAUACCCCCUCUUGUUACUAAAAAGCGAGCUUAUCUGCAAACUGUCUACCCGAAUGUUUGUGGAGAUGCAGGGGAGGUAUUGCCAAAUUACACAGAAAACCAGCCAGAUCAUGCAAAGUCGAAUGAUUUAAGUCCUGCUGACUAUAUGGAAACCGACGUUGACAAGCGUUUGAAGCUUAUGGACAUGCCUCUCACUAUUUUUAAAUUGUUUCGACGAGGAUAUGCUAGUAUUACAAUCCAAGAGAACCAACCAGACCCGAUGCAGUGCAAUGUUGGUUGUGGUGCUGGAUAUGUUAAUGACCAAGUUCCUAAGGGAGCUCUGGAAAUGGUUUCCUCGAUGAAGGAGGAGAAGGAGCUGUAUCUAGGUUUCGAAGAAGUCAACUAUAGAAGAAGUGGUUACGUCUUCCGCACCAUCAAACUGUCAGAGUUAUUGCAAUGCUCUUGUCACUUUAGCAUCGAAACUUGUGAAAUAACCAAGUGCAAGCAUUGCGCCCCCAAAAUCAAACUGGAAUCUCAGUGGCGCCUGCGGGUUUGGCUCCACACCGGGGAAAAAGUCCGUGAAAGCUGCGGCGCCAAAGAGAAGAAUAUCCCAGAUGGUAUGAUUUGCUGUUCCUACGGCUCCCAAAUCAUCUUCGCCGGCGGCUUGGCUCCCCAACCAGAUGGGGAAACACCAGAGUGGCCUCCCCUUGUGCCUAGUGGACAGGUCUGGAGUUUUGAUCCGGAGACUACAGUUUGGGAAAAGCUUGAUUGGAGUUUCCCGAGGGCGCAACCAGAUUCCUUGAUCUUUGAGGUGAACGGAAAUCUCUAUUGUCUUUCCAGUAGACCCAGUGGUUCUCAUGACAGCACUUUCGAGGUAUACAAUAUCAGUUCUCGUGAAUGUUUGGCUCUGCCGGAUCCUGAAGUUUACUUGCAGGGAAAUGACAGUUGCAGUUAUCUUGUAGACUAUAUGUCUCUUGAUAGAUUUGCUUGUGCUGUUGUUGGAUCCAAGAUCUUAAUCUCGAACCCGGAGUUAGUGUUUCUAGCCCCUUCCGUUCCCAUUAUUUGCUUUGAUGUAAAUGACAAGGAAAAGAAAUGGAGACUGAUGCCUUCCUUGUUCGAUGGUGAGCCUUUUCCCUUUGUAGGCAGGGCUUUAGUCUUGGACUUGAAUGGUACACAUGAUAAGGUCAUGUUCUCCUUUCGUGAUGAUUGCUUGAUAUAUGUCUCUCGAUUAGCAGUGGAUGAUGAUACCGGCGAUAUAAGCGUCUCUCACGAUGUCUGGUCGGGGGGUCCUCACUUGGUCUGUACCUUGAUGAAAAACGUUAUUGGACUGUCGUCCACAUUUGUUGAUCUUGGAGAUCAAAAUAAGGUUGCCUUUGUUAUGUGUGGGAGCUUAUACUCUGGGACAGCGCCUCCCGGGAGGGUGCGUGUUGUUGUCGUAGUGAUUGAGUAUGAAGAGUUGGGUCCAAAAUAUAUCUCAGGUGAGAUAGUGGCCACUCGCACCUUUGAAUACGAUUGUCAUUACUCGGGUGUCAGUAAAACUAUCUUGACUGGUGGCUUUGUGGUGGUCUAAGUCAAUCCAUCUGUUGGUAAUUCCUCCUCCUCUUUAUCUUGCGUACUCGUUAAUGUUUAGAGUAAGUGCUAUGUCAAACCCAGAAUUACACUUGUUAAUGUUAGACAUGGUUAUAGCUCUUUUAACUUAUACUUAAUCUAGCUAGCUACCUGUAGCUAGGUCUUAAACUUGUACUGAAUCUAGCUACCUGUUGCUCAUAUGGAAGAAAUUGUGGACUAGUCUUGACGAUCAUGUGCAGCGACCAUAUUGAUUUCAUUAGAUCGAAUGAGAUGCACAUUGCACAGCGCUAUUAUGACAAGAUCACAUGAAGGAUAUCA